AUGUCGGACCUCAAUGUACCCAUUGCCAUUCGGCGACCACGUCGAAGCAAUGUCGGCAUCGUGAAAGAAGAACAAAGCGAGUCCGCAACCUUGCUACCCAAGACUCCUCGACGGACAAAGAAGGCGGUUCGGUUUUCUGAUCCUGGUCUUUCAUUGUCCAGCGGAUUGACUCCCAUGAUUCGUCGGACAUCUAUGAACACGCCUCGACAGCAGCGCCGAGCAUCAACGCCAGCUCGAUUCAGCAGAAGCGGAACUCCAGGUCCUCAACAUACAGCAUCUCAUUCCUGCGAUCGAUUCACAGCCUCAAACUCGCUGCAUCACACCAUUGACGGCCGUGUUGAGAGGCGGAUUCGCCGCAACAACCUCCGCGACUUGCUCAACAAGCUUGAACAAGAAAAGAGGCGCAAGGCCCAGCAGUCUCACGCCGAGAUUAGCCAUCUCAGAUCCGAGAUCAAAUCUAGAGACAGGGAAAUAUAUGAACUGCAAAACGCAACAAUCAUUGUUGACAAUGAGAGGAUUUGGGAUUUGGAGCAGCAGAUUGAGAGUCUCAAGGACGAAUUGGUCAAGAGACCGGAGACGCCUCAUGAUCAUACGAGAAGCUACAAUUGGACUCUGGCGGCUCGGGAUCCCUUUGCAGACGAGUACACGGACAUGAUGGUUGAUGAUGAGGAGUUUGGCGAUGCAACCAUGGCGCAUUUUGUGACGAGCACCCCCUCUAGGGCGAGGUCUUCGUUUCCCACGCCUCCUGCUACGAGUCCCAUGAUGCCUGCUACGCCGUGCUCCUCGAGACCAUGCCUGCCUACACCUCGAUCUCAUGCUGGUGUUCAGGUUUGCUUUCCUGAUCCGGAGAAACAACGGGCGUAUGAGGAGAUUGCGUCGUUGCAGCUGGAAAUGUGUAAGUUGACAGCUACGCUGGACUCAUACAAGAACCUGAGCUCGAAGCUGAAAGGGCAGCUCGUCUCUGUGGAACCUAUUACGCCUCAAAGCGAGGAUGCGUCUACAGCGGAUAUUCUGCAAGGGAAAAUUGCGUCGCUGCUGCAAAGCAUGUCUGAUCGGACGGAAGCUGUUGCACAGUUGACCGGAUCCAUUGCGGAGUUGGGUUUCGCUGGCACAGAUGCCAGUGAGAUGAUUACAGCUCUUUCAUCUGGGUUCCGAGCCGCUCGUCUGGAGCUGGAGUACCUCACGCCCGGAGAGAUUACCCUCCCACUUACUUCCCACGGCGCUGAGGUGCUAGACCUCUUGCUCACUCGACUACGCGAACUGGCUAAGAAGGUCAAGGAGGAUGAGUCCUCCAUCGACGAGUACCACGAAAUCGAGCAGUCUCUCCGCAAACAACUCGACGCGAGAGUGACUGCCAUGGAUGAUCUCAAGAGCGAAUUGAGCAAGGCAGAGCGCCUCCUCAACGAGAAGAACCUCAAAGUUCAGGAACUUGAGAUUGGAAACGAGCGUCUCAAGGGUGCAGUCGACGGGUACAUUCGUGACAUUUCUGAGCUUGAGAAGCUAGUUGAGCGAAUGGAGGAGGAGCACCGCGAUACAUCGGCUACACAUUCGGCGCAACGGGAGUUUGACAGACAGGAGCUCUCGAAGAGAGAUACGAGCAUCACCGAAUUACAGGAGAAACUGGCUGAGGCGGUGCGACAAUCUGCCAAUCUGCAAAAGGAAAUCAGUGACGUGCAAGACAGCAGUACCCGACAUGUUGUGUCGCUGAAUAAACGUCACGGCGCGGCUUUGGCUCUUCGGGACGGGAGGGUUCUGGAGCUGCGUGGUGAAAUUGACAGAGUGAAUGAGUCUUUGCGUUCUGCUCAUGAGAGUAUUCGAGUGUUGCGCGUGGACAAGGGGAGUCUGCAGGGCCGUAUGGAUGAGGAGAGGGAAAAGGCCAAGGCGGCAAUGGACUCGAUGAAAGCUGAGUUGCAGCGUGUUUUGCAGAUGAGCCAGGAGUUUUUGAGCAGUCCUAAGAGGGCUAGGAAGCAGGGUGUCCUGCGUGACGAGGAGGAGGAUGAGCUUGCUUCUUCUCCGGCGGGUGUGGAGAGGAAGAUGGCUGGUGAUGGUGCGGUUCAGGGGAAGGGGAAGAAGCUUCGACGACGGUAUGAUAGUGGCUUGGGACUCUUGGAGGAAGAUGAAGUGGAAACUUUUUAG